CCGGCCUCUCCGUGGGCUCCGCCCCGCCCCGCCCCGCCCGCGGGCUGCGGGCCCUUUAAAAGCGCGCUCGGCCGGAGCCGCCCCUUCUGUUGGCCAGGCUCUGGAGCUGUCGCCGCCUGCGGGCCUUGGCCAUGGCGUCCCCGGCCAUCGGGCAGCGUCCCUACCCGCUGCUCCUAGACCCCGAGCCGCCGCGGUAUCUGCAGAGCCUGGGUGGCACCGAGCCGCCACCGCCCGCCCGGCCGCGUCGCUGUAUCCCCACGGCCCUGAUCUCCGCGUCCGGGGCGUCAGAGGGUCGCGGUGGCAGGAGGAGUGCCCGGGGGGACCCCGAGCCCACGCCCCGGGACUGCCGACACGCUCGCCCUGUCCGGCCCGGUCUGCAGCAGAGACUGCGGCGGCGACCUGGGUCGCACCGACCCCGCGACGUGAGGAGCAUCUUCGAGCAACCGCAGGAUCCCCGCGUCUUGGCCGAGAGAGGAGAGGGACACCGUUUCGCGGAAUUGGCGCUCCGGGGUGGCCCGGGCUGGUGUGACCUGUGCGGACGAGAGGUGCUGCGGCAGGCGCUGCGCUGCGCUAAUUGUAAAUUCACCUGCCACCCAGAGUGCCGCAGCCUGAUUCAGCUGGACUGCAGACAGAAGGAGGGCCCUGCCCUGGACAGACAGUCUCCAGAAAGCACCCUCACCCCGACCUUCAACAAGAAUGUCUGUAAGGCUGUGGAGGAGACACAGCACCCGCCCACCAUACAGGAGAUCAAGCAGAAGAUUGACAGCUAUAACAGCCGGGAGAAGCACUGCCUGGGCAUGAAGUUGAGUGAAGAUGGCACCUACACAGGUUUCAUCAAAGUGCAUUUGAAACUCCGCCGGCCAGUGACGGUGCCUGCUGGGAUUCGGCCCCAGUCCAUCUAUGAUGCCAUUAAGGAAGUGAACCCUGCAGCUACCACAGACAAGCGGACAUCCUUCUACCUGCCACUUGACGCCAUCAAGCAGCUACACAUUAGCAGCAGCACCACUGUCAGUGAGGUCAUCCAGGGGCUGCUCAAGAAAUUCAUGGUUGUGGACAACCCACAGAAGUUUGCCCUUUUUAAGCGGAUACACAAAGAUGGACAAGUGCUCUUCCAGAAACUCUCCAUUGCUGACCGCCCUCUCUACCUUCGUCUGCUCGCUGGUCCUGACACCGACGUGCUCAGCUUUGUGCUCAAGGAGAAUGAAACCGGAGACGUAGAGUGGGAUGCCUUUUCCAUUCCUGAACUCCAGAACUUCUUAACUAUCCUGGAAAAAGAGGAGCAGGACAAGAUCCAUCAACUGCAGAAGAAGUACAACAAAUUCCGGCAGAAACUGGAGGAGGCCUUACGAGAGUCCCAAGGGAAGCCUGGGUAACCAGCUUACUUCCUGUCCUCUCAGU